AUGGAGGUCGAUGAAGACCAGUGGAAGCCGAGAGACAAGCUGCUACUGGUGGAGGCAGUGACUAGUGGCGCUGCAGGCGGGGGCAACGGCGCUGGGAAUGGCAAUCGAGGAGAUUCUGGUGGGCAGGACGGCAAGCGCGAUGUGAAUUGGGCUGCCGUCAGUCGCCUCCUGCGAAAGCACAUCCCCAAGAAGCGACUCACCACCCCCACCAGCUUUGGUUCUAAGGGGCUGGAUCGCGUCGUGGCAGCGCUGCGAGAAGAGUACAUGAACCACCUUCGCAAAUCCAUCGAACUCUGUGAUUCCGAGAUCGAAAAGUCUACAGAGAGAAUGACGCGCAUCAACGCUGGAGACCUGGACGAGGAGCUCCUCGCACAUUACGAAGAAGAGAAGCGAUUCCGUGCCGCCGGUCAGAGUCCGCCGGCCGCCGCGUCUGUGGUGGGCACCGCUUCGCCUCCUCGCAAGCGCCGGUCUCUCGAGGAUAACGGCAAGAGCCCGCUCGACGCCUCUGCCGUGGCUCCGGCGUCGCCAUUGCCUGCCGAAGAUGCCACCGCUGUUGUGGACACCACCACUUCAACUGGUGUCGGUCGCAACGGUGCGCCCACCGAGCCACCACCUGCUGCUCCGGCCUCUCGGCCUGCCGAGACUGAAGCCGAGGCGAGUACCGAGCCCACCAAGGCCGUGGCUGAAGCCGCCGAGCCGACCGCCGUCGAGAGCGCGCAAGUCGGCGAGCUGCAGGGUGCACCACAACUGGAAAGCGACCAGACUCUGAGCAGCAGCGUGCCGCUGGAGACACCCACGAUGACGGCGGUGAUGCUGGGCAUGGUGGUGGAGGAGCCCCUGCCCCUGCCCGUGGUCUCGUCACUGUCAUCGGCGCCGGCCUCGCCGGCCUCCCUCGCCCAGCAGGAGACCUGGACGCAACAGCCCCAGCUCCUCCCCACGCCCGACGACCUUGCCGCGUCCCUCGCCUACCACGACCCCCUGCUCGUCGAAACCAGCGCAUCCUACGCCAACGCGGAUGCCGCCGCCGACGCCGCCGAGUCUGUCGAGCUGCAGCCGGCGGCAGCCGAGCCGAACUCCCGCGACGCGGUCGAGGCCGCCGAACCGCUGCGGCCGGCUGCGGGCGAGGUAGACGCCGCCACGGCCACGGCCACGGCCACGGCACCAACGUCGGUUACUGAAGACAACGCGCCGCCGCUGGUGGUGGUGGUAAGCGCGGCCACGGCACCGGAGGAGGCUGCUGGGCCGAAGCAGGAUUCGUUGGCACCGACCGCCGCAGCACCGGAGGGCAUCAAGAAGGAUCAGCCGUCGCCCAACGCCGGCGCUUCGUUUUCGACCGACCUGCUCUGGGAGAACUUCGAGACCGAAGCGCUGCCGACCGUUGGUGCCGGCGAGAAGGGCGACCACGACGCAAUGAUCGAGGAAGCGGCCAAGCCGCCGCCGGCCGACACGAAAGCGAGUCCGCAGGGCGAGACGCAGACAGAGAUGGACGUAGAGGUCGAGGCGGAGGCGGAGGCGGAGGCGGCGAGCUUCAACGAAGAAGACGACAGAGGCAAAAAGGAAGUAAAAGAAGAAAGAGAAGAAGCAGCGCUGGAGACAGAGAAGGAUGAGACGCGACGAGAUGACGCGAAGGCGACGGAAGUGGAACAGGCAGAUGUCGAGAAGAAAGAGGAAGAGCAGGAGGGGGAGGAAGAAGAAGAGGAGGAGCCGGUGGUGGUAGAGCAGAAGAAGCCCAGGGGCCGUCCGAAGAGGCAGAGCGUCAACACCGCCAAGCGGACCUACAAGAGAAGAAAGCCGGCCGCCGAAGCCGAGGAGAAGGAAGCCGAGGCCGAGGAGGUCAAGACUGUCGUCGUGAUCGACGACCAAGACGAGGACGGCGUGAAGGUCGAGGCCUCAGCGAGCGGCGAGGAGGCGAAGAAGAGGCCGAUGAAAGAAAAGAGGGUCCAGCAAGCGAAGAAGGAGACGAUGAAGGCCAAGGAAAGCGAAGAGGAGGAGGAAAAGAAAGAGGCAAAGGAUGAUGAAGAAAACGAAGCGGAGACAAAGAACGAAGACGAAGAAGAGGAAGAAAGCGGAGCGGACGACAUGGAGGCGGAGGCCGAGGCGGCGGUGCGGAGGGUGGAGAUGGAAGGCGUGCGGCGCGUGCUGGCGACCGUCAAGGCGCACCACUACGCCAAGCCCUUUUUGCAGCCGGUGUCGGUCGAGGACGUGCCGGAGUACCCCAGGAUCAUCUACCGCCCCAUGGACUUUACCACCAUCACCAACCGCAUCAAGACAGGGGUGAUUAGUAGCAAGAUCGAGUUCCUGAGGGACAUGUACCUCCUGUUCCAGAAUGCGUUCAUCUUCAACCCCAAGGGGUCGGACAUCUACGUCAUGGCCUCCACUCUCAAGACGCUCACCAAGACCGAAAUGCGGGAAGUGGACAGGGAGGUUGAGGUGGUACGAAAGUCAUUCCCUCCAGCGGCGAGGCCCAAGAAGAAUCCAGUCAGCACCGCCACCACGACAGCGACGCGGAGGAACUCACCUGACGAUGCGGCUUCCGGUGGAGCCACAACAGCAGAGCCCAAGAAGGGAGCCAACAAGGAGUCCAAGAAGGCCACCACAGCCGCCCCGCGACUCGCUGAGGCCAACCGCAAGCGCAGGCGCUGA